AUGGAUUUCGUCGAGAUUCGUGAAGGGCUGUACAAGAAGAUCGUCAACGAAGGGGAGGGCACCUCGACACCCGCGAUCGGAUCCACCGUCUAUGUGCAUUACGUCGGUCGGCUAGAGGAUGGCACUAUCUUUGACUCCAGUCUUGAUCGUCCGGAAGCGUUUCAGUUCACGCUUGGCCGCGAGCAGGUCAUCAAAGGAUGGGACAUUGGUGUAGCUACGAUGAAAAAAGGCGAAACCUGCGAGCUGAAGAUCUCGCCGGAUCUGGCCUAUGGCGUGAGCGGGAGCCCUCCGAAGAUCCCGGGUGGUGCUACACUGCUUUUCGAGGUGGAGCUGCUUCACUGGGCGUCGGAAGAUAUUUCGCCGGAUCGCGAUGGCUCGAUCACGCGUGACACGAUCGUCAAGGGCGAGGACUUGGCCAAUCCAAAUGAUACCAGUGAAGUGGAUGUCCACAUCGUUGGUGAGCACGAUGGCUCUGUCUUCUACGAUCGAGAGCUUCGGUACAUCUUGGGUGAAUGUUCUGAGGUCGGGCUUCCUGAGGGCGUCGACCGCGCCAUCCGUCGUAUGUGCCGUGGUGAAAAGUCGGUUAUCCAUCUCAAGGGCACCCGCUUCACAUAUGGUGCCGAGCCACCAUCGGAAAACUUUGCCACCAACGCUCCUCUAUCAUUUACGAUCUUCCUGCGCGAUUACGUCAAGGUCCCUGCCACCUGGGAAAUGACAUCCGAGCAGAAGCUCGAGGCGUCUCAGGAGGCAAAGGCGCGUGGCAACGACUUCUUGCACGAACGAAAAUACAAACUUGCUCUGAACAAGUACAAACGCAUCGAAGAUUUGCUGGAGUACGAGCGCAGCAGCGAUCCCGUGGUGAAGGCGAGACGUGAUGCGCUGCUUGUCGCGGCGUAUUUGAACCUGGCACUCACUUAUUCCAAGCUCAACGAGGAACUGGAGGCCAUCUCGGCCUGCAACAAGGCUCUCGAGCUGGACCCCAACAAUGUCAAAGGUCUCUACCGGAAGGGAUGUGCAAAGCUCUCAUUUGGCGACUUUGAGGAAGCCUUAGAGAUCUUCAAGGCAGUCAAGCGCUUGGAGCCCCAGAAUACGGCUGCCCAGCAGAAAAUUCUGGUGUGCAAGCAGCGAAUUCGUGAACAUGAGAGCAGUGAGCGUCGUCGCUUCAGGUCCCUCUUUGCGUCGACGGCUCAGCCGGAGGUGCAGCCCACGGAGGAUCAAUCGCUCGAGGUCGGCGCGCAAUCCGAGGCCGUCACACAACCAGGGCCGCUCUCGCAACCCGACUUCGCCGCCCAACCCGACUCCGCCGCCCAGCUCGAGGCCGCCGAUGCU